UUGUGGCAAAAUGAAGAGGAACAGCCCAGGAAAUCAUCAUCAAAAAUCCACCUCGAAGGAGUUAUCCUGGUUGGAGAAAUAGGAGCAUUUUCCUCGAGUUUCCUUAACCACAGGAGAACAAAAGAGUGUCUACACUUUCCAUGUAAAACAGAACUGACCGGUUGAUCCAGGCAACUAUCCGACAGCGAUUCAAGCACUGCACGGUCCUAACCAUAGCUCACCGCCUCAACACCAUCAUGGACUCCGACAAGGUCAUGGUACUUGAUGCUGGUCGUCUGAUCGAGUUUGACGAGCCUUACAUUCUGCUCCAGAAGGAGGGCAGUGCCUUCACCAGGAUGGUCAAAGAGACAGAUGCGAGGCUGUCAUGUCUGCAUGCGUUUAAGAUUUCACUAACAAGGUUGUGGUUCAGUGUGAAAAUGAAUGUGGUGUCACGCGGUGAGGUGCCCGGGGUGUCUGGCGUGUGCUUGGAGAUCAUUGUGGUGAGACGCAGUUUCUGGAGCCAGUAGAGUCAGAACUCAGGCUUUUUCUUCCAACUUCUGCUAAAAAAAUUUCUGAUCCCUUGACUACUAGGAGAACAAAACCUACUCCACGCAAGAAAAGAAAUAAAACCAAACCUCUGCAGAGCAGAGACA